AGACAUUAAUAAACCCUAAAAUUCAUGAAAAAUUGGAAGGAUUAAUAACUCGUCAUUCUUCACUAUCCGAGCAAUUAUCUAAACAAUUAUCAUCAAGUGAUGAUCCAGAUUGCUUGGCAAAACUUUCUAAAGAAUUAUCGGAUUUAAGUGAGAUAACCGAUCCUUAUAAUGAGUUAAGAAAAGCACAAGGUGUAGAACUUGAAGAGAUUAAUACUAUAUUACAAGAGACAACAACUACAAAAGAAGAAGAAUUGAAAGAACUU